AUGUCGUCAGACUUCUACUCCAGAGAUGAACUGGUGGAGACGGGGUUCAUCCCCCUGGACAUCGACAACGUCCAGAUUCUGCUGCAGGUGGAACAAGAACAGAUUCAGAAGAAGACCUUCACUAACUGGGUCAACGCUCAGCUGGCAAAGCGGAGGCCACCAUGCAUGAUCGUGGAUCUGUUCAACGAUUUCCGAGACGGCUCCAAGCUGUUGGACCUGCUGGAGGUGAUGAGCGGUCAGCGCCUGAGUCGGGAGAGAGGCCGGGGAAUGUUUCAGCACAGGAGCAACAUCGAGAAGGCCCUCUUAUUUCUGAAGAUGAAAUCGAUCAAACUAGUCAACAUAAACAUUCCUGACAUCAUUGAUGGUAGACCGUCCAUCAUCCUGGGCCUCAUAUGGACAGUCAUUCUCCAGUAUCAUAUCGAGGAGUUGGCCAGCAGCCUUUCGUUCAAUUCCCGUCAGUCCUCCAUGGAGUCCCUGGCCAGCCUGGACUCGCGCUCCACGCUUUCGAGCCGCUCGGCCAGCAGCAGUCCGGUUCCUCCUAGAGGCUCACCGCUGCACCGGCGCUUCAGGGUCUCUGCCAAAAAAUCCCUGCUGCUCUGGGUCCGGGAACAGUGCCACAAAGCCGGCUGCUCAAUAAACGUGAAAGACUUCAAAACCAGCUGGAGGAGUGGGGUGGUGUUCCUGGCCAUCCAGUACGCUCUGCGGCCCGACCUGGUGGAUCUGUCCAAAGCCAGAACCAGGAGCAACAAGCAGAACCUGGAGGAGGCCUUCCGCAUCGCCGAGAAAGAGCUGAAGAUCCCCCGACUGCUGGACCCUGACGAUGUGGACGUUCGAGACCCUGAUGAGAAGUCCAUCAUGACCUACGUGGCUCAGUUCCUGCAGUACUCCAAAGACAUGCCGGUGGCCGAGGAAGAAAUGCAGGCGACGACUGCUCAAAAGGCACAGGAAGUGACAUGCUGGUUGGUGCAGGCCUACGACGAGCUGCUGGAGGGAUGGGACUCCACCGAGGGAGAGAGCUACUCAGAGAGAUACCACGUCUUUCAAACCUUUCUGGUGUCCUUCAAUGAGCAGCGGCGUCCCAUCAUGCCGCUGUUGACAGCCAUGAGACGAACCCCGAAACUGAGCGAUGAGCAGCGGACUCUCAGAGAGGCGUGGGACUCGCUCACUGAAAAGCUGCGUGAAUACAAAGUGGAGUUGGACAUGAGUCUCCCGGCCCCCCUGGACACGGUGGCUCGCUGGCUGCUGAAAACAGAGAAGGCUCUGGCUGACGAGGAGGGCGACCCGCAGGAUCACGGCCGAGCUGCGGAUGAAGCCAAGGACAAACAGGAGAUCCUCAGAGUCUGUCUGGAGGAAAUGCCGCAGCAUGUGAGAACCUUCCAGUCCUUCCAGAACUUGGAUGAGUAUGCAAACAUGAUGGUUCCUAGUGACAAGAUGGAUGAAAUAAAGAGGAGGUUCACCAGUGUGAGAGUGACCGCUAAAUACCACGGGAUCAAGCUGGAGUACCGGGAGCACCGCCACACGGUGUUGGAUCUGUUGGGGCAGAUCAGGACCAAGCUGCGGGUUUGGAAGAGACCUUACAUCUCCCCCGAGGCUGUCAGGGUGUUGCUGCAAGAAUGGCAUGCAACUACAGAUUACCAAACCGUCAGUCAGCAGGUGAAGCAGCUGGAAGAAGAUACCGCCAUAGUGUUGGAAGAGGUGACCACAGUCAAGAGCAUCAUGGGAAGGGUCCUGUCCGCCUGGGACACCUACAGCGACGGAUUCAGCUCCCUGCAGGCCUGGCUGGAGCAGGGCUCUGCGUCACACAGCCAUGGCCCCAGACCAGAGGUGAUGCCUGAUGUAAUGGCUGAGUGGGGGUCCCGACAGGCCCACCUGAACGAGUUAGGUAACUUCCUGCUGGAGUCCACGGACCCUCAGACCAGCAGGAGCCUGGCAGAAGAGCUGCGCAGACUCAACAUGCAGUGGGCCGAGUUCUUCAAGAGAACUGCUCUCGACAGCGUGGCUGAACCCAGUGAUGAUGUUCACACUAGACCACAGCACAUCCAACCUCUGAUCAGAGAGGCCACUCUCCUUCUCAAAGAGCCUCUGGAGACAAUGGCAGGCCCCUUACGCACUUACAGAAAAAGAAUACAGUUCAUAAUGAGGAAAAUAAAAGAAGUGGAUCUUGCGGCUCUGGCUCCCUCCCCAGAAUGCCCAGCUGAUCAGUUACAGAAACUGAAGUUAGCUGUACCUGAAGUGAUGCAGACCUUGUUUGAGGCAGAACAGGUGUGUGCAGAGCUGCAGCACAGUGUGUCAGGGCUGGACAGUCGCCUGGCUGAACUCCUGCAUUGGGAAUCUGAGGCCCGGGAGCUCUACCAGCUGCUGAGGGCCGCAGAGCGACAACAUCAGCGGGGCCAGGACCCACGAGCCAGUGUUCUGAUUUCCCGUGGUCUGCAGCUGGAGGGUCAGGUGGUCACAGAGGAGCAGGACCUGCAGAUGAUGGUGAUGACGAGUCAGAAGAACUCUCCCAUGCAGUACCUCCAUGCCUCAGCCAUGCAGGACCGAGUGCGAGCCGCUGUUGCGCAGUCACAGGAAGCUGUAGGUAUGCUGAGCAGCCUGGGAGCCAGACGAGACAGAAGCAGAAGCCCUCCAGAAGGGUCUCCUCCAUCAAAACUACGCAGAAGCUGUGAUGCAGACCAGGACAAAGUCACCACCAGAAGUCCAGCAUCAGAUCUGGACAGAGACAACUUUACAAAAGCAGCAGCAGACUCAGGAACAUGGAUCGAUGCAGCAUGA